GCAGUUUCUGUCAGAGCCCUCUCAGCCCCACCUACCUCACAGGAAUACACCGUAGCCAUUGAGAUACUUUUUGCGGAUUCUUCGCUCCAGAAUACCAUCAAAAGUUACCUGAACAACCUCAGUUUUCCACUCUUGAUAAAUGCCUCAGAUCCAGCCGGAAACAUUUCAAGUAUUCAAGUUACCACAGCGUGCAACUCAACAGGUAGUAACAGCAGUCAUUGUUACUGUGAAGAUGGUUACUGGUGGCCCAAUGACCUAUGCCCUAAUCCAGCCUACCCCAGUAUCACAGCAGCACCAGAAGAGUACCACAACUGUAUUGCACAACUGCCUUCUCAAGGAAUCUAUUGCCAGCUAUUGCCUGAAGAUACCGGAGUAAUCCACUUACUAAACAUGACUGUCCGACUCGACAUACCCUUUCAAAAUGAUCUCAGGAAUCCAUCCUCAACGUUGUACAAGCAAUACAAAAGAGAUUUGGAGCGUGCGUUUACUGUGGGCUACCAAACUUUACCAGGAUUCAUAAGUGCAAAAGUUACAGGGUUCAGGAAUGGAAGCACUGUGGUUGAUUAUGAGGUAACAUCAGCAAGGGCUAUACCAGUUGAAAACGCAAGCGGGAGAGUGGCCACAGCCUUAAAUAGCUCCUACAAGGUAGAUCCUACCUCAUUUAGGAGCUCUUCGGUGGAAAUCUAUGGUGGAACAAACCUCUCCAUUUCACCCCAGCCAAUUUUCAAGGGAGAUACGGUAACCAUGAGAUGCGAGUCGAGAUCAAAGUCGAGCAACGUGACUUGGUCUGUCGGAGGAAGUUCCAUCUCCAGCAGCGACAGGCACUCCAUAACGAGCGCACAUUCAGAUGGAAAGGCAGUAUCAAUGCUGAAAAUCCGAAACGUCUUGCUGAACGAGUCUGGACAGUACAGUUGCACUUUUACUGACCAGGAGACUUCGCCGACCACAAUGCACACAGCAGACGGUAACAUCACCGUUUCUUUGAUCCGAAUUGUGAAUUCUGAGGACAUUGUGAUGGAGUGCAACGGUGAGAAGAGAGAGCUGAGCUGUUGCGUUGAUACGGAAAUUAGUUUCUUCAACGUACACUGGAAACCGGAUGGAGCCAUCAAUAUUUCAGGAACCAACGAUUCCACCCUUAACUGCACUCUGUACGAGCUACAGGCCAACGAGUCUCAGUGCCCAGCGGACAAGUCGGGGAACGUAACAACUUACACCUGUGAACUGAGCACGUCAGAUGGUGCCCGCCAAAGUAAACACAUCUGUGUGAAGUAUUUGCGCAAGGCAAAAGUGACUCUUGUGUCGAGCACCAAUGGCCAAGUUUCGGAGAGGGCCAAUUUCUCCCUGACGUGCCGCAGUGACGUAAGCAAUUAUGACGAAAUCAGCUGGGCAAUCCACAGUGGAAACCUUGUUACGGAUAUCGACAGCGUGUGGUACACGACCACAAAGACCCAGAAUGGAGCAGAAUCUGUGCUGGAUGUACGCCAGGCUAGCCAGAACUGGACCGGCACCUAUACUUGUACCUUCUCCCAAGAGUCUCUGAACAGCUCCGCUCAUCUGGCAAUGGAAGUGUUGCCUUUGCCUCUGAAAGAAGACAUCGUCCGAGACCCCAUCGAAGCCAUCAUCCCGUGCCCAGGGAACCAAGCGCUGAAGUGCUGCAUACCCAGAGGCAGAAUGGAGAAUUACACUGUGACGUUCGAGGUUGGCCAAGGGCCUUCCAACUUUUGGGAUGGCAGAAGAGAAGAAGGCAACUCCGUCUGCCACAUAAGAACACUCAGCUACGACAACUGCAGCUACACUGGACAGAAUUUUUCUGCAACUUGUGAAUUCAGAAACCAAAUUGGUGGACGUGUUCAGAGCUUACCUAUGACAUUAAAGCUUGUAUCAACAAAAGUGACUCUUGUGUCAAGCACCAAUGGCCAAGUUUCAGAGGGGGCCAAUUUCUCCCUGACGUGCCGCAGUGACUUCAGCAAUUACGACAACGUCAGAUGGGAAAUCCAAAAUGGAAACCCUGUUCCGGAUAUCGACAGCUUGUGGUACACGACCACAAAGACCCAAAAUGGAAUAGAGUCUGUGCUGGCUGUACGCAGGGCUAACCAGAACUGGACUGGCACCUAUACUUGUACCUUCUUCCAAGAGUCUCUGAACAGCUCCGCUCAUCUGGCAAUGGAAGUGUUGCCUUUGCCUCUGAAAGAAGACAUCGUCCGAGACCCCAUCGAAGCCAUCAUCCCGUGCCCAGGGAACCAAGCGCUGAAGUGCUGCAUACCCAGAGGCAGAAUGGAGAAUUACACUGUGACGUUCGAGGUUGGCCAAGGGCCUUCCAGCUUUUGGGAUGAAAAGACCAUCAUGUGUAACUCCUCGGACAUUGGCGUUGGAGAGACUAGAGCAGAGGUCGUAAAGCCUUGUCUGGGGAAUGCCAGCAGCGUCCGAGGAAAUAUCACUUACAGCGAGCGCUUCCAGAUCAAAAUGACAUUCGCAAAGAUGAACAAGUCGCUGAUCGAACCCCGGUGCGUCUUUUGGAAUUUCACUUUCUCAGGGGACCGAGGUGGCUGGGACGGCACUGGUUGCGAAAGAAAAGAGGACGACGAGAGCGUCACUUGCUCCUGUAAUCACUUGACCUCCUUUUCUGUGCUGAUGUCGCCCGCUGGACGUAAAAACCAUGGAAGUCACUGGAGGGGACUGAGUUAUAUGACUUACGUAGGCGUGGGGGUCUCCAUAUUGAGCCUGGUGGCCUGUAUUGUCAUCGAAGCUCUCGUAUGGAAAUCAGUGACCAAAACGAGAAUAUCUUACAUGCGCCACGUUUGCAUACUGAACGUUGCGAUUUCUCUCCUGAUCGCGGACAUCUGGUUCAUUUUUUUCUACCUCUCUGUUUUCUUUUGGAUGCUCUCCUUGAGCCUCAUGCUCUUCUACCACUUGGUCUUCAUUUUACACAACACAAGCAAAACCACCAUGAAAGCUGUCGCCUUCUGCUUGGGUUAUGGUUGCCCUCUGGUUAUCUCGGGCAUCACCAUAGCCGUUACUUUGCCACAGGAGUCUUACACGAGAGAGGACAUCUGCUUCCUCAACUGGGACAAGAGCUAUGCUCUCUUGGCAAUGGUUGUUCCUGCCCUGACCAUUGUGGCUAUCAAUGCUGUGAUCACCAUUGUGGUCAUAGCGAAAAUACCGAUACGUUCCAUCGGGGAAAGGUCAAGAAACGACGAGAGGAGCUCAUUGUAUCGAAUCACCAAGAGUAUUGGCGUUCUGACGCCACUCUUAGGACUUACCUGGGGUUUCGGCUUGGCUACCAUUUUCGAAGGGAGCUCACUAGUGUUCCACAUUUUAUUUAACUUUUUCAAUGCCUUUCAGGGAUUAUUCAUCCUGUUGUUUGGAAUUCUCUGGGACAGAAAGGUACGGGAAGCCUUGAUGAAUAAGUUUUCACUGUCCAGAUGGAGUUCACAAACUUCAAAGUCAACGGUCCACGGCCCGUCAGCUCCCAUGUUCUCCAUCAGUUCUCCCUUCUCCAAAACAUUAAACAACUUGUUCGGCAAAGCAGGAAAAUAUCAAGUCUCUUCUAUGGAAUCGCCCUCUUCAUCUUCUGAAAACACUUCCAAAGCGUAUUCUCUGCUGACCUGAUGAUACGGGC